AAAAGUAAUGCCCUGUUUAGACAGAUGAAAUGUAGUGUUAAUUCCAAAUUUAAAUCAACAAGCAGCUUAGGCCUCUAGGUAUAAGUGAAAUUCUACAGAUAGAAGAAUCAAUUGACCCCUCAUCCCACAUAGGUGCUGUCCUGCCAUGGAAUCUCUUUGCUCGGUUUUCUCCUGUCCAAUCAGGUGGAAUGUUUCACAGGCACAUGGUUUAUACAGCUCAAAAUAACUUGGGACCUGUGAGCUGACAAAUGCUCUGGCUCCGGUGGUGACAGGUUGUCCAGCUUCUUACAGACAUCUUCACUGAAACUAAGGUUAACUCCUCACUCUCUAUGGACUACUACUCUCUGUUUCCAAGGGCGUGAAGAAUUUUCCUUUUCUCCUGUGCUUUCAUCUAAAAGUUCUCCCUGGAUAAUUAUCAUCGCAGUGGAGUGCCUGGGUUGGACAUCCUCAUCUGGGUCAACUAAAAAAAGAAAGCAUGCAAGACGACAGCAUAGAAGCUUCCACUUCCAUAUCUCAGCUUCUAAGAGAGAGCUAUUUAGCUGAAACCAAACAUCGGGGAAACAAUGAGAGGAGUCGAGCAGAACCUUCCUCCAACCCUUUCCAUUUUGGUAGUCCUUCUGGGGCUGCUGAAGAAGGAGGAGGCCAAGAUGACCUUCCAGAUCUUUCAGCCUUUCUGAGCCAAGAAGAAUUAGAUGAAAGUGUCAAUCUGGCAAGACUGGCCAUAAACCAUGACCCUUUGGAGAAAGCAGAGGAAGCUCAAGCUAGAAAAUGGCUCUCUUCUGAUCAGGUGAAACACUCACCUAAAUCAAGUUUUGAGCCUAACUCCUGCCGGGAUAAUGCUCAAAGUCCUACCAGCUCUAAAGAGAAGCCCCAGGAGGCAAAAAGGCCCCAGUAUUGUUCUGAAACCCAGUCCAAAAAAGUGUUCUUAAAUAAGGCUGCUGACUUCAUUGAAGAAUUAUCCUCCCUUUUCAAAGCCCAUAGCUCCAAAAGGAUUAGACCUCGGGCCUGCAAAAACCACAAGAGUAAACUGGAAUCUCAAAACAAAGUUGUGCAGGAAAACAGCUCCAGUUUGUCAGAUCUGUCAGAAAGACGAGAAAGAUCUUCUGUUCCCAUCCCUAUCCCUUCGGAUACCAGGGAUAAUGAAGUGAAUCAUGCCCUUGAACAGCAGGCAGCCAAGAGGCAUGAAGCUGAGCAGGCUGCCAAUGAGGCAGCUGGUGGAGACACCACCCCCGGGUCUUCACCUUCAUCUUUGUACUAUGAAGAACCUCUGGGCCAACCUCCCCGGUUCACUCAAAAGUUACGGAGCAGAGAAGUUCCAGAAGGAACCCGAGUACAGUUGGAUUGCAUAGUGGUAGGAAUUCCACCACCUCAAGUAAGGUGGUACUGUGAAGGUAAGGAGCUCGAAAAUUCCCCAGACAUUCACAUUGUCCAGGCAGGAAAUCUACACUCACUGACCAUUGCUGAAGCUUUCGAAGAGGACACAGGACGCUAUUCCUGCUUUGCUUCUAACAUCUAUGGGACAGAUUCAACUUCUGCUGAGAUUUACAUAGAAGGAGUUUCUUCUUCUGACUCAGAAGGGGACCCUAACAAAGAAGAGAUGAAUCGAAUCCAGAAGCCACCUGAGGUGUCAUCUCCUCCCACUACCUCAGCAGCCAUUCCUGCAGCAGGACCCCAGCCUUUGGUGGCCCAACCCAGUGUGUCAACCAUCCAGCAGUGUCAGAGCCCUACCAAUUAUUUGCAAGGAUUGGAUGGAAAACCCAUCAUUGCAGCUCCUGUGUUUACAAAGAUGCUACAAAAUUUGUCAGCUUCUGAGGGUCAGCUGGUUGUCUUUGAAUGCAGAGUAAAAGGAGCUCCAUCCCCUAAAGUUGAGUGGUAUAGAGAAGGGACUUUAAUAGAAGAUUCUCCAGAUUUUAGGAUUUUGCAAAAAAAACCUCGAUCCAUGGCAGAGCCAGAGGAGAUUUGCACUUUGGUUAUUGCUGAGGUGUUUGCAGAAGACUGUGGGAGCUUCACGUGUACUGCAAGCAACAAAUAUGGCACAGUGUCAAGCAUCGCAAGGCUGGAUGUGAGAGGCAAUGAAGAUGUGAGCAGUAACGGGUCUCUCUACUCAGCCAGCUCCACCACCAACCUGGCUGUUAUUGAUCAACAGUCACCCCAGCCCAACCCAGAGCCCCGCAAACCCAAACUCGAGGGGGUUCUGGUGAACCACAAUGAGCCCCGCUCCAGCUCCAGGGCUGGACUUCGUGUGCACUUCAACCUGCCUGAAGAUGACAAAGGAAGUGAAGCAUCCUCAGAGAGUGGAAUGGCAACUACCAACCAGAUCAGGCCCAAUUCUUUCCAAGAGAGAUUUCAUGAACCAGCAGCAAAAGUCUCGGAGCCUUCUUCACCCGUCAAAGAGCCCCCUCCAGUUCUGGCCAAGCCCAAACUCGACUCCACUCAGUUACAACAGCUUCACAACCAAGUCCUCUUGGAGCAACAGCAGUUGCAAAACCCAUCUCCUUCGUCUCCCAAGGAGUUUCCUUUCAACAUGAGUGUUUUGAACUCCACUGCUCCCGCGGUGGUGACUGUGUCCAGCAAGCAGGUGAAGGCCCCUUCAUCACAGACAUUGAACUUGGUCCGGCCGAAGCAUUUCUUCCCUUCCACGAACACCACAGCAGCAACUGUGUCCCCUUCUAGCUCUCCAGUGUUCACCUUGAGCAGCACUCCUCAAACCAUUCAGAGGACAGUGAGCAAAGAGAGCCUCUUAGUUUCUCAUCCCUCCAUGAAGCCCAAAUCUCCAGGAGGGGCUUCUGUCCAAAAUGAGCUACCCACUCUGGGCCCAACAGAACCAGCACAGCCACCACUCACAUUUUCUGUACCCAGCGGAAACCACUUUCAGCCCCGCUGUAUAUCCCCAAUUCCUGUUUCUCCCACCAGCCGGAUACAGAACCCAGUGGCUUUCCUCAGCUCUGUUCUGCCUUCUCUCCCUGCCAUCCCGCCCACCAAUGCCAUGGGGCUGCCUAAAAGCGCACCAUCCAUGCCGUCCCAGGGAUUAAUGAAGAAAAGCACAAGGUCUCCUCAACCAGUAAAUGAUGAUUACAUUCGUGAAACUAAGAAUGCAGUGAUUCUAGACUUGGGGAAAAAAAUGAAUUUCAGUGAUGUCAGGUCAAACCAGCAGGAGUACAAAAUUUCAAGCUUUGAGCAGCGGCUGAUGAAUGAAAUAGAGUUUCGCUUGGAACGUACUCCUGUUGAUGAAUCAGAUGAUGAAAUCCAACACGAUGAGAUCCCCACCGGCAAGUGUAUUGCUCCCAUAUUUGACAAAAGACUCAAGCACUUCCGAGUCACAGAAGGCUCUCCAGUCACAUUCACCUGCAAAAUUGUUGGGAUACCUGUUCCAAAGGUUUACUGGUUCAAAGAUGGGAAGCAGAUUUCUAAGAGAAAUGAGCACUGCAAAAUGAGGCGAGAAGGAGAUGGGACAUGUUCCCUGCACAUCAACUCCACCACCAGUGAUGACGAUGGCAACUACACCAUCAUGGCAGCCAACCCCCAGGGGAGAAUCAGCUGUUCUGGCCACCUGAUGGUACAGAGUUUGCCAAUUCGCAGUCGACUAAAUCCUUCUGGUCAGUCUCACAGGGGAAGAUCCCGAGUACAAGAAAGAGACAAAGAGCCCCUACAAGAACGCUUUUUCCGACCACAUUUCCUGCAGGCUCCUGGGGACAUGGUAGCUCACGAGGGGCGCCUCUGUCGGCUGGACUGCAAGGUGAGUGGCUUACCGCCCCCUGAGCUGACAUGGCUGCUCAACGGCCAACCUGUGCUACCAGACGCUUCCCACAAGAUGCUGGUCAGGGAAACCGGAGUCCACUCCCUGCUCAUAGACCCACUCACCCAACACGAUGCAGGGAGCUAUACAUGCAUCGCUACCAACAAAACAGGACAGAAUUCUUUUAGUCUGGAGCUCUCUGUAGUAGCUAAAGAGGUGAAGAAAGCGCCUGUGAUCCUGGAGAAACUGCAGAAUAGUGGUGUUCCCGAAGGCCAUCCGGUGAGACUGGAAUGCCGCGUAAUAGGCAUGCCCCCACCCGUGUUCUACUGGAAGAAAGACAACGAGACCAUCCCAUUCACCAGAGAGAGGAUCAGUAUGCACCAGGACACAACAGGGUAUGUCUGCCUCCUCAUUCAGCCAGCCAAGAAAUCAGAUGCCGGAUGGUACACAUUGUCAGCCAAGAACGAAGCUGGCAUCGUGUCGUGCACUGCCAGGUUGGAUAUAUAUGCUCAGUGGCACCAGCAAAUCCCAACGCCCAUGUCCGUCCGUCCUAGUGGCAGUCGCUACGGAUCCCUCACCAGUAAAGGACUUGACAUUUUUUCUGCCUUCUCCUCCGUGGAAAGCACAAUGAUGUAUUCAUGCUCGUCUCAGAGUGUCGUGGAAAGUGAUGAACUUUAAGAAUGUUGGGCUGCCUGCUCUGUAAGAGGACAGACUGUGGAGGGGGAAGGAGGACAAGCCAGACAUGAUGGUUUCCAAGCAACUGGAUGUGAGUAAGUUCCCACACUGCUGGACCUGUGGCAAAAGGAGUACUGUGAAUAAGUCAGCUGGGGACGCUUGCAGUCUCUGCUGAGGGACAAAUGUAGGCUGUGCCUUCUAAAGAUUCCAACAAAAAUGUGAGAAGACAAUGCAAAUGAACCAAAGAUGUCAUACAGCUGUCAUCCACUGCUUUGGAAAAAACUAGCAUGUUCCCCUGCCCCCUGUUGUGUUAGGGAUGUUUAGAUCCUAUGUAGGAGCAACUAGGAGCCAUAUGCCUGAGCUGAGAAGAGUUAGACAGUAGUGACCUUAGGAUAUAACUAACUCACCAAAUAAUGCAAAGUGAAAAGGUGAGGAGGUCGCCGUUACUUUUCAUAGAUUAUAUUUAUAGCAAUAGUUUUGGUGAAUUCACUAAAUCAGCUUCCACUUAGCAUUAGGAGACCACGUUAUACAACUCACAUAUGCGGACAAACACUUGAUUUGCAUAUCCUGGGUAUAUUGAGCCACAUAAUAAGGUGCCAAAAUGUGCUUGAGAUUUUAAAAACAUACAGAAACACGAGAUAUUGCACAGGUGCACUUAUUCUGUGGACAAAACAGGGCCCCACCAGCCUGUCUGCACCAUUUUCUUUUAACUGGUUUUUCUUUUCUAACUUUGCAUAUCCCUAGACCCUAGAAUUAAAGAGUUGUUAAUAAACCAAUCAAAAAGAAAUCUUCUGUGGGGUCACUUUACAAACUACUAGCUUCAACUGCCACUUGCAAAAUGUGUAAGACUCAUCAUUUGCCCAUAGAAUAGCACCUCCCAAACUCCUGCCCCCACCCCAAACUAUGAAAGUAUAAGAAGCUGGGAGAAAGGAAAAGAUGUGAACAAGGAAAGGAAGUGAUGAGUGAGUGCUGUUUUUUCCCAGGGCAGCCGUUGUGGAGGCCAGGCCUUUCAUAGCUGUAAAAUGCCUUGAGAUCAUGGAUCAAACUGCAUUUUCUACAUCAAAGAUAUUACACUAACUGGGGGAAAAGGGACGAGGCGUCUUUAAUCCACCAAUUCAAAACUUGCCUCUCAACUUAAGGAAUUUUUAGACUUAAGUUCACGCCUAUAUCCCUACUACCUAGAAGAGCACUUAACACAAAGUAGGCAUUCAAUAAAUAUUUGCAGAAUGUGUGAAU